UCGAUUCUGCGGCCGCGAGGUAUGGGAACCGGUCCGCCGGGCCAGGCAGCGGUGCUAGGCGGCAGGGGCAGCGACGCUGCCGCCUUUCCCUUCUCCUGCCCCCGUCCCUGCUCCGCCGCGUCCUCGUCCUCGCUGGGUCCCCGCCGCCGCCGCCUCAGCCUCGGCGCUCCUCGGGUUUCGUCUCUCCAUCAAGGCCGGGCCGACCCGCAGGGACCAUCCCGGAAAGUGAGGGGUUGUUGCCGUUUCCCGCAGCUGUUGGUGGCCAUCUUUAAUCCUCCUCCUCCUCCUCCUCCUGCUUUCUCCACCUCCCGCUGGCUGCCUGACUGACUGACUCUGGAUCCUCCUCUUUCCCCUCCUGCUCCUCCUACUGAGCCGGCCGCAGAAAUUGCAGCCGCUCAGCUUCUACCCCCUCCUGCCUUUCCUUCCUCUUUCCUUACUUCCUUCCCUUCCCUCGGCUUCCCCCUCUCCCCUCACUCUCAGCGGCUGCCUUCGCCCCCGUCUGCAGGCAGCGCCGCUGGAUGCUUCCAGCUGGACUUCAACCCCAGACGCGCCUCUUCCCCGCCCCGCUCCCCUCUCCCCUCUCCCACCCCUGCCCCUCUCCGCGGCGCUCACCCUUCUCAGUCCCAGUUUCUCAAAGGACUCAGCUGAGAAAGGACAACUGGGUUCCGCUUUCCUUAACCCUACACCCUUUAGCUGGAUGCUGACAGCGGCGAUGGAGAAACGCAAAGCUGCGUUAAUUUUACUCUAGCCAGAGUAUAAAAGAACUGCCCACGCCAGCUAUUUUACUACGCAGCUUCGAAACUCCUGCACGCUCUUCUGUGUGGCUCCGGUCCAUUAUGGGACUGGAGUUGAGGAGCUCGGUCUCAAAUGGUGCCUUCCGUCACUGACCUUGAGUCCAUUGCUUAAGAUUUUAGGUUUUCCUUUUCCUUCCUGGGAGGGGCAUUGUUUAUACCUUUGCAGUCCCAACAAACAGUGUUUAGACCAAAUAAGUAUUCUUUAGUAAACCUAGAACUGCCAAGUGAUCAUCAGUUUGUCCGUUUGUUCCUACUCAACCCAGUAGAUAAUUUGGGUCACGCUUCAGUUCUGGCAGCGAAGACAAACUGAGUCAGCAGUUAGAAGUGGACUCCCUUAAACAACAGUUAGAGUGGGGAAGUGGUCAUAACAUCGCUCUAAUGACAAACUUGUUUUUCCUAACACUGCAAUCUACAGAAGUUUCAGGAUUUCCUCUAAUAAACAUAAGGCAAGUUGGAUUUGCUGUUUUCUUCUUUUUGACAAUUUUGCCUUUAGAGUUGGACCCAUUUGUAAUGAUUUACUCGUCAAUUACUCCAAGGUAACAAACUUGGAGGUAACAUUGCUAACAAACACAGAUGACAUAUGUGAACACUGUGUGGCGUGGAGGGGAGGGGGGUCAAAGUUUUUGCUUCUCUUGGGCACUGGCUAUUAAAAAAAAAAAAAAAGCACCUUGCCCUUUCAAAAUAAGACCAGUGUGUUCAAAGGUUAGUCCCUUAAACAGACCAAAUGUAGGCAGAAAUGUUUUUAAAUGUAGUUUUAGAUUCUACUUCAAAACGAGUAAUGUUUUGAAAGUUCAAAUAUAAGAUAUUGUAAUUAUAAAAUUUUAAGAGUUUCAAAUCUCUUUGAAAAGAAUAUGCCAAAACAAACCUAAAAAUAUAUUUUAGUGAAAAUACUAUAUCCUUUGGUGGGGGGCAGAGCAGAAUUCUGAUAUUUUUAUUUAAUCCUCACGAAGUAACCUUAAUUAACCCAGUUAGGUUCAAGAUUUCAGUUGCCAUCUUUCAAUGCCAAUAAUUUUUCCAUUUGAAAUCAACAACCUAUACCAACAUCUACAACUCUUUUAAACCCAAAUGAAGUAUUUGAGACAGCAUUGUACAAUACAUUUUGAAAUAAAUUAUUACAAACAAA